ACCCAAUCAAUGACGUCACGCCGCGCAUGAUCAAUUUAGGCGAAAAGCCGCUCUACGCAGGGGGAAGGGACAGGGCUAUCAUUGCCCCUGGGAGAAACAAAGUAGCGGAUAUUUUAUGCACAAUUUUGACAUCGUGAUAUUCUAAAUUCGUUGUACAGUAUGGCAGGGAAGAUAAGUAAAGACGAAAUGGAAGACAGCAUGGAUUUUGAAGAGGAGGCCGGCGAAGUUGAUGACUCGACCAUCUCCUCUCCCACCCCAUCUCCUCGCCCUGCUGUUACAGCAGAGGUUAGAGGGACCAGAAUGGGCGUGUCCUAUGAAAGUUUUGGUGAUGAAGCUGCCACAGAAAAGAAGGGCAAGAAGAGAAAGAAGAAGGAUAGUGAAGAAAAGAAAAAGAAAAAGAAGAGCAAAAAACCAAAGAGAUAUGAAGAUGAUGAGGACUACGGCUCUGGGGUGGCUGAUGACGAUGAAGAGGAAUAUGUUCCCACCAAGAAGAAAAGACAGAGGGAAAAGGCAGGGGGAAGUGCUCCUAAGGAAAAGAAGAGUCCUUCUGAUCUUAUAGCUGAAGAACUUGGUAUAAACAAUGUGGAUAUACCCUUUGAAGAUGAGGACUAUAUUACCCUUAACAAUUAUAAACUUUUCAAACAACAUGUGCAGCCAAUUAUACAAAAAGCAAAUCCUAAAGUUGCAAUGGCAAAAAUGGUGACACUAAUUGGUGCUAAGUGGAGAGAGUUUGCCCAGGUUGUCGCUCAGCACAACAAAGAGAAGGAAUCAGGAAGUCCCCCAGAGAAGGAGAAAGCCGAGACGUCGCGAGACGGAACAACAUCUGACAGAGAGGAGGAGGCAACUGAUACAGAAAACAGAGAUAAUGAUGAAGACACAGAGCCCCACAGUGACCCUGUACCAGAGGAAACCAGUAAGAAGAAGAAGAAAAAGUCCAAGAAAACUGUACCCGCCAUCAAGAUUAAAAUUUAAAA